GGUUGAGUGUGUUUAAAUCAUGCUGUUUUACCCGUCAGUGCUGCGCCAUGGAGGCAGAACCCGCCUCUGCGAGAGAAAAGGAAAGUAGCAGUGACAAACUGUAAACGAUAGCAGAAGAAGACGAAGAAAAGAAGGGAAGGAGAAAGAAAAGCAGCACUCCCUCGUCUGUUCGCUUUACUCACUCACUUCCUCACCUCCCCCGUCUCUCUCUCUCUCUCUCUCUCUCUCUCUCUCCCUGCCCUUCACUCACUCUCUCCCUCUGUCUCUCCGUCGUUCACUUCAAGAAGAAAAAAAAAAAACCAUGAAGGAAAAGGAAGGCCACUUGGCCGGGCGCGUCGGAGUCGAGUGAAAGUUUGUGGAAGGAUAGAGGAAGCAGGAGGACGUGGAAGGGAAGGAAAGGCGCAAUUCAACCGCACUACGCGAAUGAAGCGAGCAUAUGGAGUCAUAAAGUGUAACCGACUGUAAGAGACUGGAAGCAGCUCGCCUGCUCGUUCAUGUGGGACUCCGAGCUGAGCGGCUCGCGCACACUCGCUCUCCUGCCUCUCUCCCCUCAACUUCGUGCAGUCAUCACCGGAGUCGGAAACUCGCGUCAGGUUCCCUCUCAGAAGUGUGCGUGAGUGUGUGAGCUGAGGAUCUGAGAGUGUGAGCUGAGGAUCUGAGUGUGGCUCUGAGGAAGACGAGGACAGGCUGUUGUUGCAGCCAUGGCCGGGGCGAAACCGGGAGUGCACGCGCUCCAGCUCAAACCGGUCUCCGUGCACGAGAUCCUCAAAGGGGGAAGCAAGUUUAUCAAAUGGGACGAGGAGCCCAACAGCGGCCAGCCCACUCUGGUCACCCUGAAAGUGGACCCUGAAGGAUUCUUCCUCUACUGGUCCAGUGGAUCAAACAUGGAGGCCGAGAUUGUGGACAUCAGCCAUAUCAGAGACACCAGAACGGGGAAGUUUGCCAAGAUACCAAAGGACUGGCGUGUGCGUGAAUGGCUGGGCUUUGGAAAAGGAGAGGGCAAUGUGGAGGCUAAGCUAGUAACAGUCGUCUACGGCAGCGACCUGGUCAACAUCAACUUCCUUAACUUCCAGGCCAUGCAGGAGGACAUUGCCAAGGUGUGGACUGAAGAGCUGUUUAAACUUGCUACAAACAUACUGUCCCAAAACGCCUCACGCAACACCUUCUUACUCAAGGCAUACACGAAGCUAACGCUGCAGGCAACCCAAGAUGGGAAAAUCCCACUAAAGAAUAUUUUAAAGAUGUUCUCUGACAAGAGGCGAGUGGAGACAGCGCUGGAGCAGUGCAACCUCAUGGCUAACAGGGCAGACGGGAUCAAGCUGGAGGAGUUCACCUGGGAAAAGUUCCAGAGCUUCUUGAACAACUUGUGCCUGAGGCCUGAGAUCGACCGCAUCUUCGUGGAGCUUGGCUCUAAAGGGAAGCCCUUUCUAUCCCUGGAUCAGAUGUUGGACUUCAUCAACCGUAAGCAAAGGGACUCACGGCUGAAUGAGGUGCUGUACCCACCUCUCAAGCGUGAGCAGGUACGACAGCUCAUGGAAAAAUACGAGGCUAACGCCCACCAGCUGGAAAGAGACCAGAUCUCUCUAAUGAGUUUCAGUAAAUAUCUGGGAGGAGAGGAAAAUGCAGUGGUUCCCCCUGAGAGGUUCGACAUCAUGGACGAUAUGAACCAACCGCUGUCUCAUUAUUUUAUCAACUCUUCGCACAACACCUACCUCACAGUGGGUCAGUUAACAGGUCUGUCCUCAGUGGAGAUGUACAGACAGGUUUUGCUCACCGGUUGCCGCUGUAUCGAGCUGGACUGCUGGAAAGGUCGUCCACCUGAUGAAGAGCCCAUUAUCACACAUGGCUUCACCAUGACAACCGAAAUCCCCUUCAAGGAGGUGAUUGAAGCCAUUGCCGAGAGUGCCUUUAAGACCUCUCCUUACCCCCUCAUCCUCUCCUUCGAGAAUCAUGUCGACUCCGCACGGCAGCAGGCUAAGAUGGCGGAAUACUGUCGUUCUAUAUUCGGUGAUGCAUUGCUCAUCGAUCCUUUAGAGAAAUACCCGCUGGUCCCAGGUCAGCCGUUGCCCAGUCCUCAGGAGCUGUUGGGGAAAAUCUUGAUAAAGAACAAGAAGAAACAUCACCACCGCACAGCUAACGGAGGCAGCGUCAGACGCAAGGAGGGAGCAGACGAGCAGGCCUCGUCUCUGAAUGAUUUGUGUUUAGAUGCUCCAUUGCCUGAAGUUGAGACAAGCCAGAUCAUGUCCAAUGGGGGUGAGAAGCUUGCAGAGAGAAUGGCCAAAGACAGUGACAUGCGGAAGUCCAUUGAUCGGGGAGAUGGAGAUAGUGAAGAAGAGGAGGAGGAAGAGCCAGUGACAGACCCCAAAAAGCACCAUUCAGAUGAGGGAACAGCGUACAGUGAAGUCAAUGCUACAGAAGAGAUGUCCACGCUGGUGAACUACAUUGAACCAGUCAAAUUCAAAUGUUUUGAAGCGGCAGCCAAAAGGAACAAGUAUUUUGAAAUGUCAUCCUUUGUGGAGACCAAAGGCAUGGAUACACUGAAGAAUUCCCCAAUUGAAUUUGUGGAAUACAAUAAGAAGCAGCUGAGUCGGAUCUAUCCCAAAGGCACACGCGUGGACUCCAGUAACUACAUGCCUCAGCUGUUCUGGAAUGUAGGCUGCCAGAUGGUGGCACUAAACUUCCAGACUCUUGAUCUGCCCAUGCAGCUGAACAUGGGUGUGUUCGAAUAUAACGGCCGCAGUGGCUACCUUCUCAAGCCUGAGUUCAUGAGGCGCACAGACAAACACUUUGACCCCUUCACUGAGAACAUAGUGGAUGGCAUCGUGGCUAACACUGUCAAGAUCAAGAUUGUGUCUGGUCAGUUUCUGACUGAUAAGAAGGUGGGUGUGUAUGUUGAGGUGGACAUGUUUGGACUGCCUACUGACACCAAGAGGAAGUACCGCACCAAAACCUCUAAUAACAACUCCAUGGACCCAGUUUGGGAAGAAGAGCCUUUCGUCUUUAUUAAGGUGGUGUUGCCCACACUAGCAUCACUGAGAGUAGCUGUCAUUGAAGAGAAUGGGAAGUUCAUAGGCCAUCGGAUCUUACCAGUGGUGGCUUUACGUCCAGGAUACCAUUACAUUAAUCUGAAGAAUGAGCUCAAUCAGCCACUCCUGCUUGCCUCUCUCCUUGUAUACACUGAAGUUCAGGACUACAUUCCCAAUGAGCACCAAGAGUAUGCUGAGGCUCUGACCAAUCCAAUCAAGCAUGUGCUGGAUCAGAGAGAGCGGCAGCUGGCUGUGUUCAUGGAGGACAACAACGAGGUCAGUAAGCGUGUCCACGUAAAGCCAGAUGAAGGAGAGAAACCAGAUUUCAACCCUCUAACUAAUGUUGAGUACACAUUCAGUUUGCCCUCACCGACCCUCCCACCUGUGGUGGCUGAGGUAUUGACUGCUCCAGCCCAGAAAGAAGACCUGGUCCUCAAUAUAUUAACAGUGAUAGAGCCGCAGUCCAUUGAAGAGCUGAAGCAGAAUAAGUCCUAUGUGAAGCUGUUGAAGAGACAGUGCAAAGAACUGAAGGAGCUCCGCAAGAAGCACCUCAAAAAGGUGUGGGCCCUCAGUAAGGAGCAGAAGAUGAGGUGUAACCAGCUGAACUCGGACAUCCAGAGACGCAAGAGUCAAGUGGAGAAAAAGCUGCGGCUCAGCGUGAAGAAAAAUGAGCCUGAGGAGCCUGUGAGGACUGAGCUGAGUGCUCUGCAGGUGGAGCUGGAGAAGCAGACAGUGCAGCUGAGAGAGUGGCAGAUGCAGGAGCUACUUGAACUGCGAAAGAAACAACACCAGCUGGAAAGAGAAAAGAAGUAUGCUCAUCUUGAAGAGUCGUUUAAGAAACUAAAAGUUGUUGCUGAGGAAUGCCAGAUAGCCCAGAUCAAGAAGCUCAAGGACAUAUGUGACAAAGAGAAGAAGGAGUUGCAGAAGAUUUUAGACAGAAAAAGGCAGAACAGCAUCAUUGAGGCCAAGAAGGGAGACAAAGAGAAGGCUGAGUCGGAAGUGAACGAGAUAAAUAAGAAACAUAUCCAGGACUCCGUGAACUCACUGCGCAAGUUGGAUGAAACUCAGGAGAAACGGCAGGAGAAGCUGAAGAACCAGCAGAGAGAAAUCUUACAGAAAAUAGACGAGGAGCAACCACUGCACCGGCUGCGUUUGGAGCGCGACUGUGACGCUGAGCUCGAGCGCUUACCAGAGGAGAUCUGCCGCUACCUGCAGGGCGAGCUAGAGAGCAAAGGCCUGCGCAGCGAUGCCCUGUUCAGCCAACUGCCCAACCACGACAGCGCAGGCUCGGGCCCACCCUCCAACUGCAGCACGCCCCCGUUCAACUCGCCCAAUCACAACUCGAGCCUGGACAACAGCACAGCCUCGCUGGGCACCUCCUCAUCCUCCAGCACCAUCACGUCCGAUUCAGAGCUUACGGCCAUCUAAUUCCUACCUUCUCACUCUGUCCUGUCAUGCUAUUUCUCUCACUGGAUUGUGGUGAUAGAAGUAGUAUUACUGAAAGGUGUUUAAAUGUUUUUAAAGGAUUUCAGCAAUGUUUUAUUUUUCACAUACCCCCUUUAAAGUCUGCACCUUUUUUAUUGUUUUUUUUUUUUUUUAAUUAAAGUUCUCUUGGAUUGUUCUUAUGCUUUAACCAUAAAAUAUAUACCCAUGUCUGUGUUAAGCACUUGUGGAAUGGAGGGAAAGCUUUUUUUUUUUUUUUAAACAAGAGAGACUAUUAUUUAUUUCUGUGGUAUGAUGGGAUGUGAGCUUUAACUGUAGUGCUCUGCAUUGUACUGCAGGUGGCAGUGUGGCUUUAGUGGUAGAGUGACUUUAGUGACUCGGCGAUACAAACGCAAGGCGUAAUCUGAAUGGUACUUGUUUACAUAAUAAUGCACAGAUGGGCAAUCCUAUAAGCCAGGCCAUCAUCUCUCCUCCCUAUGGGACUAUAAAGUUAAUUCCCACUGCAUAUUUCUGCAGCAUCCGAAACACAUCAUCGUAAUUGAUAUUGUGUGUGUGUGUGUGUGUGUGUGUGUGUGUGGAGCAAGAGAAACAUUACGGAGAUGAUGAAUAUUGUUUGUUUUCCAGUAAUGCAUAGUUCCCCCUCCCCCUGUCUCCCCUGUCCUCGUUUCUUCCCCCAUUACUCCAUCUAUAUGUGUCUCUCCUUCCCUACAGCUGUGUGUGUGGUGUGGCUUAAUCUAAUCCUUGCUCUAAUUCUGUGUGUAAUUGGUGUGCCAAUCCCAUGCACUGCACAUCCAAAACCACUACUGUUCAGGAAACUGGACAUGGUUUCUGAUGUUCAUGUCAACUAUUCACACUUUUGAUGUGCUAAAUCCUGGCGCUCGGUUUAAUAGAAUGUGAAGCUAUAAGAGUGUGUGGUAUCAGGGGUCAGGUGUAGCCAGAAUGAUAGCCAUGUUAGUAAACAUACAUGAAUGUGCAGUAUGUGUGUGUACUUUUACAGGGUUCAACUCAUUUUAGAAUUUUUAUGGUAUUCGUGUUUUAGGUUUGGUCUCAAAUGGAUGUCUGAUUUUUUCUGAACCCGUAGUUCAUCUUCAUUAUGUUUUCUUCUUCUUGCUGGCAAUUCAAGGAGGCUCCAGAGAGGGCAGGUCAGAUUUCUUCAUUGGCCUCUAUAAAUGAGGGCUCUGAAUCCGCCAAAUGACUUGUUAGAAUUGCACUUUUGAAUGGAGCGAGGUUGUUUAUCAUGAAUGGAAAAAAAAUAAACCAGUGGGCUAGAGAAUCGCAAAUGCAGCUUCAACACAGACAUGACAACGAGGGAUACAUCAAUCCAACAUGGGGAUGAUACUGGCUUGAACCUAUGGAUUAGUAUUGAAUCGGAUUUGACAUACUUCCCCAUCUGUUCCACUCAUAUUUAUACUGAUCACGCCCUGUCGUGUUUCACAUCACAUUGCAACAGAUUUUUUUUUUUUCAGAAAAUCAGCUUGUUACUUAGAGCAUGCAAGUAUCAGAUUGGUUAAAAAUUGAUGUGAAAAUGAAAAAUGGGAAGACCUCUGGAAAUUUUAAGCUAGCCAAAAAUAAUUUCUGACAAUACAUUGAUUACAAUCUGUCUCAUGCUAGUACAUGCUUUGCACAUAUUUUUCGCUUGCAUAGUAAAGCAAGUGUCUAGACUAAGUAGUCUUUCUAGCUGAGUCUCUAUUUCCAACCUGUGAGCACACUUUCAUUCCCCAACAUCCCUCCGUCUUUUCCUCUUUGUCCUCAGUGAUUUUCUCUUGCUUAGCAGAAACCAUGGAUGCGUUCUGACUCAUGGACACCUGGCCGAGCUCCAGUGUGCUCUCUAGGCUGACACUUCCACUUUUCCCACUGUACCAAAUGCAAAAACAAGCUGGUCCAUUGCUUUUUAAUCACAAUCUAAUAAGCACCUGUAACACAGUGACACGCUGAGUGUGAUAUUGGCCCUGAUGGAGCACUUGCACACUUCAUUAUGAGAGAAUGAUCAGACAUUGCAGCAUGUGUGAUUCUAAGCGGUGAUGUGCACAAUUAGUGUUAGUACCUAUUACCUGGUCCAUUUGACUGGGAUGGCAAAUUAUUGUUGAGUAAAUAAUGUGGCUAUAGGCAAAGCAGAGGUGCUAUUCUCUGAUCGGACAGCCGAGUUGGGACGGUGCAGGCAUUACCAGCUCACACUGAGAGGGAAAACUCUGAGAUUUUUUGUCUCAGCUUGUUGUAAAUUUAGCAGAAUAUAGGGUGUACACUGUGUGCGUGUGUGUACGUGUGUGUGAGAGAGAGAGUGUAUGAGGAUGCAUGCAGUGGAGCGCUUGAGCUCUACAGACCACCUGAGGUUUUAUCAUGUUAGUAUAGAGUGUUUAAAGCUUUAAAGUUCUAAACAGGAGCAAUGGUACUUCUUGUAAAUUGCUGUCUAAUGAUGUACGAUGAGGAUCAUUGUUGUACAUGUUGAUAAUAUCAAAAAAGACUUUGAUUUGUGUAUAUGAUAUGGUCGAGACAUGGGUCGUUAUGACAGAAUAGUGAAAUAUCAAUGAUUACAGUGUGUCUGGAUCAUAUUAAUCAGACGUACGUGGUUUUAUGUGUAUUCUACUACUGACUAGAGUCGGAGUUAAGGGUAAUGUCAGCUGUGUGUCUGUGUGCGUUCUUGUGCAUGUGUUUUUAUAUGUGAUUAGAACUUCAUGGGAUGUAAAAGAUGUCAGACAUCUAUGCGUUUGCCCCUGAGUUUCCACUGAGACACAUAUAUGCACACACACACACACACACUCUGAUCAUUUCCUCAACCCCUCAAACUGUCGUCUGCUGCCUGUCUGUCUGUCUAAGCAGAAAAACACCUCGUUAUGAGCACUCGAACAUGCUCAUUUAACAGUUUUAUUAUUUUGCUCAUUUAUCUCAAGUUGUAUGUGGCACAGCUGAUAUUCAUCCUUUAACUUGGUCCUCCCUUCACCUCACCUCUGUAUUUAACUAUGCUAGUGACACUAAAGUGAGCAUGUUUUUCUUACAAAGUGAGGACCUUGUAAAUCUUUUACAUUUUUAUAUUUUAUGACAGUUCCCUAAAAUCAUUCAUACUCAUAUUUACAUAUUUACCCAUGUCCUCAUUGGUGCACUUUUAUUUUAUUUUUAUUUUUUCACCUUUUAUGUAUUAGAAAGAUAUUACAAGCAGAUUUUUUUAUAUUGAUCCUUUAGAUCCAGGUACAGUAGUCGGUACAGUGUGCAAGUUAAAAUAUUUGAGUUUUAAUUUUGCCCAAUGAUUACUUUGUCUUUAAGAGAGAGCAGGGGUUGACUAAUACUGUGGCAUUAUUUCUAUUCGCUAAACAUGGAGUUUAGUGCCACAGCACAUUCAGCUUGUAUGGUGAAUAUAAACACUUUGCCAAGGGCUAAUUUUAUUUCGUCUCAAUUUGCAGCUUUAACCAAGUAUAUGUGGUAUUUGUCUUUCUGUCUUUCUGCUUUUCCCUCUCUCUCUUUCCAUUAUUACUUUCUUUCUGUAUCUUUCUUACUGAAACACUGUAUGUAGAGAAAGUACUGCUCUGCCUUGUGAAAGGGAAAAUCAUUACUCUGGAUGUAAUUUUUAUUGCCUCGAUAAAUGAUACACUUAACUGUACAUUCAAUAAAUAACAAAUUUUGUCAAGAUAUUUAGCA